AUUUUUCAAGUUUUAAAAUAAUAUCAACAAGGGUCAAUCAAUAGUCAUGACUUGGCAAUAUUACACAAGUUAAAUUUUUUUAUAAAAAUUAUAUUAAAGUCAGCAAUCAAAACAUCGCGAAUGUGGAAGCCUGUUUUCUUGAUUGACGAGGAGGUGAUACUGGAAGUGAUAAUAGUGAAGUUAAUGAGAAGGUCAAAAAUUCGGUGAUGGACAAUGAACAACCACAUCAGGAAUUGGUCAAGUGUGUCGUUGUUGGUGACACUGCUGUUGGAAAAACCAGAUUGAUAUGUGCCAGAGCUUGCAAUAAACAUGUAUCAUUAUCACAACUUUUAACAACUGCUCAUGUACCAACAGUAUUUGCUAUAGAUCAAUAUCGAAUUUAUAAAGAUGUUCUUGAAAGAUCUUGGGAUGUUGUUGACAAUGUCAAUGUUUCAUUGAGACUUUGGGAUACUUUUGGGGAUCACGAAAAAGAUCGACGAUUUGCAUAUGGACGCUCUGACGUUGUAUUGCUAUGUUUUUCAAUAACAAAUCCAAUAUCAUUGAGAAAUUGCAAGGCAAUGUGGUAUCAAGAAAUUCGUAAAUUUUGUCCACAAACACCAGUUCUUCUUGUUGGCUGUAAAAAUGAUUUACGAUUUAUGUACAGAGAUGAAACUUAUCUUCGAUAUUUUCGUGAUCGUAGUCCAUUUAUCAGAGCAACAAAAAAAUGUGAUUUAGUUAUGCCUGAUCAAGCACGUGAAGUUGCACGUGAACUUGGUAUACAUUAUUAUGAAGCAAGUGUAUUUACAUAUUAUGGUGUUAAUGAAAUAUUUGAAAAUGCAAUACGUGCUGCAUUAAUAGCAAGAAGACAACAACGUUUUUGGAUACAAAAUUUAAAAAAAGUACAAAGACCACUAAUGCAAACACCAUUUUGUCCACCAAAACCAAUAGCACCAGUUGUUUGUUUAACACCAAGUACAUAUGAUGAUAAUAUGAAAUCAUUAUGGACACGUCCAGUACAUACUGAUGUUGCAUUUAUUGUUGGCACAUGUACAUUUACAGCACAUCGUUGUUUAUUAUCUGCUGCAUCACCAACAUUUCAACGUUUAUUUUCAAUGGAGCUAACACAUGAAUUAACACCAAGAAGUUCAAGUGAAUCAAGUAUGGCUAGUACAUUUGGUGAAGCAACUGUUGGAGAUUUUAAUGAUGAUACUGAAUGUCUCAUUAGAAUUGAUCAAUCAAAACCUACAAAAGUGUGGGAUCAGUUGAAACGUCGAUCAAGUUUUCAAGUAUUACCAACAGCAGAUCAAAGAAAAGCCAUUGGUGCACCACGUGAAUUAAAUCAUCCAGCAUUUCAAAAUAUACGAAUAGCAUUGACUGAAAAUUCAAAUGGCGCUCAACAAUCAACUACAGUAGUAACAUUAUCAAAACUUGUUACACCACAAGCAAUGCAACAAUGUCUUCAAUUUAUUUACACUGGAAAUCUUGAUAAACGUUAUCAUAUACUUCAAACAGCACCAAUUGGAUUAUUAUUGGAAAUAAGACAAGCUGCUGAAUUUUUAGAACUUCCACAAUUACUAAUGGUACUUGGUAGUAUACAAGCAAGAUCACAAUUUAUAAAUAGUGAACUUAAUAAUCAAUAUAAACAAGUUGUACGUGAAAGACUUGAAGAUAUUUGUCUUGAUCAAGGUCUAUUUGGUGAUGUAUUAUUUGAACUUGAUGAUGGUACUUUACCAGCACAUAGAGCAAUUCUUACAGCAAGAUGUGACAUGAUGAAAGCAAUGUUUUCCGGUGAUUUUCGUGAAAGUAGUGCUAAAGUUAUUGUUUUUCCUGGUGUUAGAGAAUAUACAUUUCAUAAACUUCUUUGUUAUAUUUAUACUGAUGAAGUACCAGUAAUAUCAUCAGCAAGAUGUUUAAAUUUAUUAGAAUUAGCAAAUCGUUUAUGUUUACCACGUUUAAUAAAUUUAGUUGAAAGUAGAGUUGUUCAAGAUCUUGAAAGAGUAUCACAAAAUGAUACAAAUGAAGCUAUUGAAAGUUGUCUUCGUCUUCUUGAACCAUCAAAAUUUCAUAAUGCUGAUCAACUUGCUAAUUGGUGUAUGAAUUAUUUAUGUAUUAAUUAUGAUAAUCUCUGUAAAAUAUCACCAAAAAGUGUCAAGUUAUUACAUCCAGAAAAUCAAGAUUAUCUUAGUGAACAUCGUUGGCCACCAGUCUGGUACUUGAAGGAUUAUGAUUAUUAUCAAAAAUAUAUUGCAGAACAUCCAGAAGCAAAGCCAAAUUUAAAAAGAAAUCGUAAUCAAUCAGGAUGUCUUUGUUUUUCAAGUACAAAUAAAACAAGAAAAUCAGAUAUUGUUACGACAAGUGCUAAUGAUACAACAGCUGAUCGUCCAUUAUUUGAUGGUUCAAUUGAAUCUGGUGAGUCUGUAUGACAAGAGUCAAGCGGCAUUUGUCGCUUGAUUAAAAUAUACAUGACAACAGUACUCAUAAUAUCAAUGUGUACGAUUUUUACUAUUUUGAUACUGCUACAGAUUUAAACUUAAAUAUUUAUAAUAAAUAAGAGAAUGUGAUUAAUAAAAAAAAUAGUGAUGUGGAUAAAUGAUUAAUUUAAAAAUAUAUAAAUUUAAAAAACAUUAUUUAACUUAAAUUAUUAAGUAAUUUAAUUAUCAAAUAUAUAUAAAUCAUUUUAUUGUGUAAAAUAAAAGCUCAGGUUUAUUUAUGAUUUAUAAUUUAUAAAUUCAAUAUUAAUUAAUUAUUUACCUGAGCUAAAAUUAUUAAUAUAUAUGACCUUAAUAAUAAUUGAGAUUGCUUGAAAGUUAAUGAAAGUUUUUCGAAUUAAUUAUAAUUAUUUUAUUGAAUGACAAUGUGAGUGCGAAUUGUUUGAGCUAUACAUAUAAUCAUUUUACUUAGGUUUUAUGUUUUUUUUUUAAAGUCAAUAUUUUAAUAAAAAUGUGGAUUAUUUGUAUAGCUUUAAAAAACUUUUGUUAUUUAAUUAUUUUUUUGAUAAAUUCAGGGUAAUUAAUUGUAACUAGUUUAGUUGAAUUUUAAUUUUCAAAUUAAUUGGAUUUUUAAUUGGUUGAAUUAAUUUAUUUCAUUUGAAAUGUUUGGGUCAUUUCUACACAAAUCAUGCACAAAUAUCAACUCAAUUUUUAUUAUUAAAAUAUAUGUUAAAAAAAAACAAUUAUUAUUUUGUUUAAUUACUUUUAAAUUGUCGUGAUUAGUGAUGAUUUUUUUUCUUUUGAAUUGGUCAUACAGGUAAAAUGUGAAUAUGUAAAUAAAGCAAUUUUUUCAAUCGAAAAAGAAAAAGUAAAUAAACAGGUGAAUGAUUCGCAAUAAGCUUGGCUUGGAAAUAAUUUAGAAUUUAUAUUUUUUCAUCAAUAAAAUUAUAGAAAAAACCAUUUUAUAAAAAUCAUAAAUACACAAAAAAAAAACCUUGAGGAGAAAUUGAAUUUCAAAACCUUGUUAAUUAAGAAAAAAUUGAAGUAAAAAAUAUUUAAAUAAUAAAUAAAAUAUAUAUGUGUUUUUUUCUAUUCAACUUACAAAUCAUCAUAUUCUUCCAAGUGAGGGGGAGAUGGUGCAAGAAGAUACGAAUUAUGAAAUGUCAAGUAAUAUAAAUAGGAAAAAAAAAACAAAUCAAUUUUCAUGAUAUUGUCAUUAUGAAAAAUUAGAAAUUUCAAUUAACAAUGAACAAAAAAAAAUAUUGUAAAAAGAAGUAAAUUUUUAUUGCGAAAAUAAUUGUGAAUAUUGUAAUAUUUUUGAAUCGAAAGAUGAUUUUUUGAAAAUAAAUAAAAAAGAAAUGGGACCGGAAUUUUGGUUUGCCGAUUGUUAAAAAAAAAAAAGGCAAAUGAAAAUAAUGAAAAAGUAAUUGAUUGAAAAAUUAUUAGAUAGAUAAUAGUGUGAAAUUUAAUUCCUCACCUGGAACACCAUAGUUUAGAUAGAAAUUUAAAGAUAUGAAUCAAAAAAAUUGAAAUAAAUUUAAGAUAUUUGCAUUACAAACGCGCGAAAUAAUCAUUAAAAUAAUUGUGGUUGUUUUAAAAAUAGUUUGCCAUUAAAUUAGCAAUAUCUCGGUGUUUAAAUAAUUAAAAUGAAAAAUAUACACACAGACAAUUUAAAGAAAAUAAAUAAAUUAAAUAAUCUAAAAAAAGCUUUUUCCAUCAAUUUUUUUGCCCUUGAUUAAUAUUAAAAUUAAAAAUUAAAUUUGCAAUUAUACAUGAUUAAAUAUUUUGAAUAAAAAUUUUGCAAAUAAAA